CUCAUAUUACAGCUUUGUGGCCUGCCCUUGUAACAACAGAAACUAGCGAUCAGCUGUGACCGUCAUCUUGCCGUCAUGAGUCAUAGUUUGAAACCACUUCAAGCAACUUUAAAUACCGCACUUCAUGAUCAAAAUGAAUUAGUUUGAGCAUUCACUUCAUUGGGGAACCGGUGGACCUUUUGACGUCAUUCAGGACUGAAGUGGCGUCACGUCAUCGUUAUUGUAAACAACAGCAGUGCAGGUUACAACUUCUGAGAUCUUCAACAUGGGUGGAAUAAGUGAAGUAACUGGGCUGUCAGCCGAACUGCCUGAGGAAUAUGUAGAAGAAAUCUCAGGAUCUGUUCUACUGCUGCAAAUUAUUGGUGCCUCAUCAGCAUGCGCUAUGGUAUUUGGUGGUGUAGUGCCAUUUAUACCUCAGUACUAUGAAAUUAAGAAGACCAACAACUCUGAUGGGUUUUCUCUCUACGUAUGUUUGACCCUCAUGGUAGCAAACAUUCUUCGAAUCCUAUUUUGGUUUGGCAAACGUUUUGAGGCACCAUUACUCAUCCAGAGUGUGGUCAUGAUUGUGACUAUGCUUGUAAUGGUUCGGCUGUGUGUUGAAGUUCGAAGGAGUCAUGUUAUAUUAAAGGUCCGAGAUCGCACAUUGUCAGCAAACGAGGAACUAGUGGAAAGAAAAAAUAUGGAUUUGCGGUACUUUUGGAAGUGGACAGAUUUUCAAUCCUAUGUGGAUUGCACUAUGCUGAUGGCAAUUACCGGCUCUCUUGUUACUUACAUGUUGAUAGAUGUCCCUAUCUUUGUGGAAAUUCUUGGCUUUAGUGCUCUUUUUAGUGAGGCUCUGCUGGGUUUACCACAACUUCAAAGAAACUAUGAAUCCAAAUCGACAGAGGGUAUGAGUCUUACAAUGGUUCUCAUGUGGACUGCUGGUGAUAUUUUCAAGACUCUUUACUUUUUGAUCCGUGAAGCACCAUUCCAAUUUUGGCUCUGUGGCAUGUUACAGGUAUCUGUAGACAUAGCUAUUUUAGGACAAGUUCACAUUUACAGGCAUAAUGUCCCUGUUCACCAUAGCAGUCGCUCAGAUUAGGAAUUUCUGUGCAAUUUCUUUGAUUAUCACAGUUCUGAUACUUUGGCCAAAUUAUCUGGUGGUGCCAUUUAUCAGCAUUCAUCACAGCAGGAAUCUCUUUUUAAUUCCUAUGAACUGCUGAUUGGCUAAAAAUGGCCAGUUAAAAAGCUAACACCAAAUUGGACCCUAGUUAAACUGAGGGCUUGUAAACUGAACCAAAAUUAUUUCAAUAGUAGUGAGAUACACUUUUAUACCUGACAAACACUUUGUACCUACCAUUGCAAAAUUGUUGAUGUUGAUCUCAAUGCUACUUUUAAGCAGGGGAAAGAUUAUGUACAAAAAUGCACCUGCCCAGGUCCUUCAUUUGCAUUAUUUUUUAGUAAAACAAAAUUUCUAAAUAGGAAUAUUUUUAUUUUAUUUUUAUGCUUUGGCAUACAAUUAUUUCGAUGUGGGUAGUUGAAGAUUGUCCAAUGAAGCAUAUUUUAGCUGCCUUUUAGUUCCUCACACAACUGUGUAUUUUCAUUGCUCAGGCACGCACUGGGCUUCUUAGAAAUAUUAAAUGGUUGGUUCAUGUGUUACAAUUACAUUGUAAAUUGUAUGAUAAUGACCACGCCAGUCUUUUUUUUGUUUUUUUGUACGAUGGUAGUGUAUAUUUUGUAAAAGGAAGAUUGUUAUUUUUAGCUCAUGAGAGAUCACAACGAAGUCUCCAAGAUCAUAAUAUACGUACUGUUAGGAGUAUUUGAUAAUAUUAUUGUGUGGUCUUUCAAAAAGAAAUAAGGCUGUGCACUUUUAGAAUAAGUUUGAAGUUCUUUACUAUUUCAUGAAAUAUUUAUCAAAAGAAAAUUGAUUCCUUCUUAUUUAUUUUAUAUUUUAAAUAAUCACUUGCCAAAAGUAGUAUCUGAUCAUAACAGCACAAAGUCAAUUAGGUAUUUCAUACAAAUUUGAAAUGGAAAUGGCCAUUUCUACAUGCUCACCUCUAACUUAUUUUUGAGCGUACUCCAAUGAGAAACAUAUAUUUUCGCCUUUUGUGUCCUAUGAGUAUGUCAGUGUAACAAAAGUUGCCAGUUUCCUGGCAUGUACUUCCAGUGUGUGCGCUUCCCUGUCAGUAUUUCUGUGGAUGUCUUUUAGUUUGUACACAUGCUGUAUUGUUUUUCUUUACAAAUAAUGGCUUUUUAUAUGGAGAAAGUUGUGCUCUAUCCCUAUUGCUGCUGCAUUUUUAGUAACAAGACUACUUUCUCAAAACCUGUGAGGUUCAGAGGCAUACUUAUAAACAUGCUGUGACACAGCUGGGACUGCCUAGGCUCCUGAUUGGAAUACUGUUGGCCUAUUGGCUACAUCAAUUAUCACUAAUGAGGUUUGCACUAGUCAUUGCAAAACAUUAAAUUUUUUUUUAUUGAA